CAUAACAUCAUAGGUAUACCGAUGCAAUAACAUUUUUUAAUUCAAAGGUUCAUGUUUACCAAAGCUAUAAGGGAGUUGCUUUCAUUUAUAUGCUUAUACUAUAUUGCUGACUAACGUCAAAGGAAUGAAAACAAACUAAAAAAGUACUGGCCAUUGUUUCAUUAUGUAUGUGUCUCUUUCUCUCCUCUCUUUCAAAAUAGUAAUAGGAAGAUAUGUACAUAAAUUGAGGGACCAGGAGUCCCAGGUUCCAGUUCUGUCUGAGUUUUUCUGUGAGUGUUGAGAGGUUUUCAUGAGCACUUUCUGAGUAUUAAGUCGAACGAAGAAUUAAAAGCGGUUCAGUUCCUACUUCCCCAGUGAACUGAAGUGAUACUUGAAAAGAACUACAAUUUGAAAUUUUAGAUGUUCUUUUGCAGUAGGCAAUGUCUAUAGUAGAUAAACUAUAAUGCCUGAAGGGUUUAUAUCUAAAGCCUUAAGUUACCAAUCCUCAUUCUUAUCACCAAACAAACAGCACCAAACUUCAAAAAGGUAUUCCAACAUAAAGUUAAAAUUUAUUUACUUUGUCCUUUGCGGUCUGUGAAAAUACAUAUUUCCUUUAGACAAGCCUUGAGAUUUAUUGUCUCCUCUAGCUAGCUAUUAAGUUGGUAAGGACGGCUCAUAUUUCGACCCUGCGUUAAAACUAAUUUAUGCCCUACUUUCAGAUUCUGUCAGAAGUUGUUGAGCGACUGGACAUCAAAAAUGCAGCGUGGAACUCAACGAAGGAUGACAAAUUUUGGCAGGUACUUUUCUCUCUCGAAACUGGCAACUUAAGUGAGGAGCUCCUACAAGUGCUGAAGACCUUCGGGAUAGGAUCCCGGCACCAGUCCUCAGUGAGCGUGCUGCCUUGUGCUCUCUACUACAAAUCUAGCGAUGGAAACAGUACAGCUGCUUCGGAAGAUGGAUCUACGGGACUUGAAGAACCCUCAGCCACACCAACAGCAUGGUCUCGUUUCUCAUCAUCAGUACGCGCGCGCACUAAUCUUGCGCAGGUGCUGCACGACGUGCGCGCUGACGCAGCUUUGACAUUCGACUGGCUGUUCAUGCUGCUGGUGGCAGCCUUCGUCGCAGCUAUAGGGUUGAUAGAGAACUCCACAGUCAUCCUCGUUGCCAGUAUGCUGAUAUCUCCACUUAUGGGCCCAAUAACAGCAGGUACAUUAGGCACAGCGGUCCGGGAUCGGUCUCUACAGCUCAUGGGGGUUAAGAACGAGUUCCUUGGACUAUUCCUAUCUCUCGUCAUCGGCUUCAUAUUCGGACUCACCAUUUGCGCCAUCGACGAGCGAUACGGAGUGGUGGAAGACUGGCCCACUUAUGAGAUGAUAUCCAGAUGUGAAUACCGUUCCCUCUGGGUGGGGAUCCUUGUUGCCAUCCCCAGCGGUGCUGGAGUAGCUUUGGCUGUCCUCGGAGAAUACACAGCGUCACUAGUUGGCGUAGCUAUUUCAGCAUCACUGCUGCCUCCCGCUGUCAAUGCUGGUUUGCUAUGGGCGAUGGCUCUAACCCGGCUUACGGUGACGACGGAGGAGCUGCGCUGGCUGGUCGUGCAGCCCUCAGAGCUGGCCGUACUUGGAACUGCCUCACUCUGCCUGACUCUCGUCAAUAUUGUGUGCAUAUUCCUAGCAGGAGUCGCCGUUUAUAAGGUGAAGGAAGUAAGUCCUUUGGACCGAAAAGAUAUAUCAUGGUGGAGGGCGAACAGAAACCGCUUCCAGGCUAAUAAACAAAAUAAAGAGAAUCUCAAUUGGGAUGCUUACACUAAAUGGUAUGAAGAAAAUCCUGAAGCGAAGGACAAGACAGAAAGUUCAGCGAAAGAAGAAGACAUCCCAAGUUCUGGAAUCCAGAGUGAUACAAUCACCUUUAGACGUCGGCCCUCUCUUAUCAAGCGAUUGAGGGCGCAGAAUGUGGAAGCCUUUUGUAAUCAUAACCGAUUGGGAGACAUGUACAUACCGCUAGACACCGAAAUAAAUGCAGAUAUCGAAACUCAUAAAGACACAAUUAAUAACACAGAUAAUAUUGUAAACACUGAUACUUCAAACUGCGAUAGUAAUACAGAAAAAAACAUAGAUCCAACUACAGAUGGAGCUAAAUCCCACAGUUAUUACAAUUUGGGCUACCAAACUGAUGUUGUAGACAACCAGCAUCCUACUAUAGAACCUUCUUUAAGUUUCACUAUGGAUCCAAAGAAGCCUGUGUUAUUAGAAAAUAAGUCGUUUAAUGUCUAA